ACCAACAACAGACACAAAUGCUCUCUCUCUCUUGAUUUUUCUCGAAAUAAUAUUCAUAUUCAUAUCCAUAGUCAUAUUCGUAUUCUAAAGCAAACCCCACAACCAUCACAGUCAUCAUCACUCUUACCACCCCAUGAAGCGUCCUCUCUCUCUUUUUUCUCGCUAAUAUACUACAAAUUAACAAUAUUUAUCAUUUACCUAUAUAGCUCUAUCUUAUCUCCAUCAAACCAGUUCAAGGAGAACAAAUUAAGCUCCAGUACUAGCUAGCCUAUCAUCAGAGUAUCAAACACAAUGAGGAAGCCGGAUCUAAUGGCCAGAGAUAGAAUGCCCAUCAAUAAUAAUAUGAACAGGGCCAAACUUAGAAAGGGCUUAUGGUCACCAGAGGAAGAUGAGAAGCUCAUCAAGUAUAUGUUAACUAAUGGACAAGGGUGUUGGAGUGAAAUUGCUAGGAAUGCUGGCUUGCAAAGGUGUGGCAAGAGUUGCCGACUGCGAUGGAUUAACUAUUUGAGACCUGACCUCAAGCGUGGCGCAUUUUCUCCUCAAGAAGAAGAGCUUAUCAUUCAUUUACACUCCAUUCUUGGCAACAGGUGGUCUCAAAUUGCGGCGCGUCUUCCAGGAAGGACAGACAACGAAAUAAAGAAUUUUUGGAAUUCCACAUUAAAGAAAAGAUUCAAGAUCAACAGCACUUCCACAUCCUCACCAAACGAUAGUACUGAUUCAUCAGAACCUAGAGAUCAUGUCGUAGGAAAUAUCAUGGCGCCCAUGCAUGAUCAUGACGUUAUGACUCUAUGCAAGGACUCAUCUUCCUCACCAUCCAUAUCCAUGCAUGGUGUGGUCACAGGCGACCAAUUUGAUCCUUUCACCGUGCUCGGUAACCGCUAUGAUGUGAGUGGUGCAGCAAGUUUAUUUGACAUGUCCACAUGCUUAACACAGGUGGGUAUGGGAGAUGGAUUUUAUGGUAAUCAUUAUGGGAUUUUGGAGGGUAAUAAUAAAAUAGGGCUAGAAAGUGAUCUUUCUCUUCCGCCACUCGAGAGUAGAAGCAUUGAAGAGAAUAAUGCAGUGAGUAAUAACAGAAUUGGCGUGAAAAGCAGCAGCAACGACAACCACCACUUUGAUAGUACUUGCUUCAAUAAUACUGAUCAGAGAUUUAAAGUAGAGGACAUGUUGGGGCUUGAAAAUCAUUGGCAAGGAGAAAACGUGAGAAUGGGAGAAUGGGAUCUGGAAGGUUUAAUGGAAAACAUAUCUUCCUUUCCUUUCCUUGAUUUCCAAGUUUUAUAACAGGCUACACUUACACCCCCCCGCUCCCCCCCCCCCCCCCCAAAAAAAAAAAAAAGAAAAAAGAAAAAAAAAAAAAAAACCCUUUCCAUUCUCUCUCAUAAAGCUACCCUAGCUAUCCAUACUAUUUCCUAGGAAUUUUUGCGCAUACUCUCUAUUUUUUUUUCCCCUUUUUUUCUUUGGUCAUCAAUAUUGUUCUACGUACCUUCUCUUUCUACGCCUUUGUUUCUUUCAGCUGUGAAAGAAGUUUAUACGUGAAUGCUUCUUUAUUGUCAGUGAGACAUGCAAUAAGAAUUGCAAAGUGGAGAUUAGGGGUGGAAAGAGAUCUCUUCGUAUGUAGUGGGAUCAUCGGUUUCUUUUCGAGGCACUUUGGGCCAUUUCCUGGAACAAGUUGCAGCCAUGAUCAUCGUUACCUUGAAGAGAAAUGUGAAUAGAGGUAGCAAAAAUUCAAAGGUAAAUAUCUGGUGAAUUGUACUUGUAUGGACGAAUUUGAAAAGGAAAUAAUGUGGGCGAGAAGGUUGUUGUUAGUGGAGAUGAGAUGGAUAAUGUAAUACACUUGAUGUAAACAAUAGACGUCAAUUAAUACGAAACAAGUUACAUACAGUCAAAGAUUCUUUUUCUA